AUGGAUCUUGAUGGCAGUGACGAUAAUAAUGCCAUUGUCCCCGUUGAUCAGCCUGCAGCAGGGUUGAUAAUUUGUCAAGAAUGUUCAGAUUAUUUUCCAAAAAUACCCCAUGGAUUAGAUCCUAUCUCUAGUAUGUUUAAACAGCAUGUUGCUGCUGAAGGCACAACCUUGGUCAAACAGGCAGAAGAUGCUGCAAGUAAUAAGAAGGUAGAAAAGAGAUUGCAGGAGAAACCCGAUGCAAAGAAGUAUCGUCACAAGGGAGUUUAUCCAAUACUAGAAGAAAAAUGGGAUCAAUUAUUUGGUGAUGCUGUAGCAAUGGGAGCAGGUUGUGUAGCUCCCUCAUUAAAUCCGGAGUCUGUAGAUAAAUCAAUUAAUGAUGCAGAUAAGAUACAAAAUGAAAAUGGUUGGUCUGAUGAGGCUAUGCGUGAAUAUUCUCAAUAUUCUAGACCAGAAAGUCUUGAUAAUCAAGAAAAUUCUUUUUGGACUAAUUUUACUGAAUAG